AUGGCGUCCCUCUGCGCUUCCACCUCCACGGUGAAGGGAGUCUCGCUCUCCCAGAAGGUUGCCGCGGCGAAGCCUGCGCCCGUUCGGGCUGUCGCGUGCCGUGCCUCCCUGGAGAGCACCGGCAAGAAGGUCGCUGCGGCGGCGGCAGCUGUGGUGCCAGCAAUCCUGACCAACCCUGCCCUGGCUGUGGUCGAUCCAAGGCUGGGCGGGGAGGGCACUGGGGCACCCCUUGGGCUGGUGGAGGCAGCGCCUGGGUGGGCUCUGCUCCUUACCUUCGGGCUCGUCUGGUCACUGUAUGCCACAUCCGCCAAGGACCUCGGUGGUGGUGAAUCCGACGACUCUGGCAUGUCCUUGUAA